GGGUGGAGGAGGAGAGGAGCAGCAGCCAUGCACUGCAGUAGGAGCAGCGGGAAUUAAGCGGGAUCUGCUGCUCCCAUUCUACUGCAUGCACCCUCCGUAACGUACAUGAGUCCAGUUUUCCUUGCACCCCCCAUCUGCUCUUCCAGCAGCUCCAGAAUGGACUGCUGAACUAGGAAAUAUUCCAGACCCAAUAAUACAACAUUGCUGCACCACUCGCAGCUUUAUCUAUUACUAGUUAUUUAAAUUGGACUUUUAAUAUCCUGCCAGCUGCUCUUCAGACACACAUGGUGCAUUGUUGCCAUUCCCAGAAUUGCAUCUUUGAAACCCAGGCCCUCAGUAACCUUCAUCGAACAAAGAGGCGACCUACAGGAUACAUUUAUAGUGGGGUUUCUCAGACCUACUGCCCUCUAGCUUUAUUCUCGCCGGUGCUGUAUUUCUAGCACACCAUGGAGCCCAGUAUGGAGUAUUGCUUAGCGCAGGUGCUUCAGAAAGACGUUGGAAAGAGACUUCAGGUUGGCCAAGAAUUGAUAGAUUAUUUCUCAGAUAAACAGAAGUCUGCUGAUCUUGAACAUGAUCAGACUAUGUUGGAUAAAAUGGUUGAUGGACUUGCCACGUCUUGGGUAAAUUCCAGCAAUUACAAGGUGGUUCUGCUGGGGAUGGACAUCCUGUCUGCACUAGUGUCACGGUUACAGGAUCGCUUUAAAGCUCAGAUAGGCACAGUGUUGCCAAGUUUACUUGACAGGCUGGGAGAUGCUAAAGACUCAGUGCGGGAGCAGGAUCAGGCUCUGCUGCUAAAAAUUAUGGAACAAGCUACUAAUCCUCAGUACGUGUGGGAUAGACUGUUGGGAGGAUUCAAACACAAGAAUUUCCGGACGAGAGAAGGGAUUUGCCUCUGCCUUAUUGCAACCCUCAACGUAUCCGGAGCUCAGAGUUUAACACUGAGUAAGAUUGUGCCACAUAUAUGUAAUUUACUUGGAGAUCCAAACAGCCAGGUUCGAGAUGCAGCAAUAAACAGCCUAGUGGAAAUUUACAGACAUGUAGGUGAACGUGUAAGGGCAGAUCUCAGUAAAAAAGGAUUACCACAGUCUCGGUUGAAUGUAAUUUUUACAAAAUUCGAUGAGGUCCAAAAAUCUGGAAACAUGAUCCAGGGUGCAGGUGAUAAAAAUUUUGAUGAUGAAGACUCUGUGGAUGGGAACAGACCUUCCUCGGCCAGUUCAUCUACAUCUUCAAAGGCCCCUCCAAACUCCCGCAGAGUUGGCAUGGGGACGGCUCGCAGACUUGGGUCUGCAGCUCUGGGCUCAAAGUCCACAGCAGCCAAAGAGGGAGCUGGUGCUGUUGAUGAGGAGGAUUUUAUUAAAGCGUUUGAUGACGUCCCAACAGUUCAGAUUUAUUCCAGCCGAGACCUUGAAGAAUCCAUAAACAAAAUUAGGGAAAUCCUAUCGGAUGAUAAGCAUGACUGGGAGCAGAGAGUAUCUGCACUGAAAAGGAUCCGAUCCUUACUAUUAGCUGGAGCUGCUGAGCAUGAUAACUUCUUCCAACACUUACGCCUGCUGGAUGGAGCAUUUAAAUUAUCUGCUAAAGAUCUGCGGUCUCAGGUAGUGCGAGAGGCGUGUAUCACGUUGGGACAUUUGUCUUCAGUUUUGGGAAACAAGUUUGACCAUGGGGCAGAAGCCAUCAUGCCAACCAUCUUUAAUCUGAUUCCUAACAGUGCCAAAGUAAUGUCCACUUCUGGUGUCGUAGCUGUUAGAUUAAUCAUCCGACAUACGCACAUCCCUCGGCUAAUACCCAUCAUAACCAGUAACUGUACCUCCAAGUCUGUUGCAGUUAGAAGGCGCUGCUUUGAGUUUUUAGACUUGCUGUUACAGGAAUGGCAAACACACUCCCUAGAAAGACACAUCUCAGUAUUAGCAGAAACAAUAAAGAAGGGAAUCCACGAUGCAGACUCUGAAGCAAGGAUAGAGGCAAGAAAAUGUUAUUGGGGCUUCCACAAUCACUUCAACAGAGAAGCAGAACACUUGUUUCACACGUUGGAAUCCUCCUAUCAGAAAGCCCUGCAGUCUCACUUGAAGAACUCAGACAGCAUUGUAUCCCUGCCUCAGUCCGAUCGCUCGUCCUCCAGUUCCCAGGAGAGCCUCAACCGUCCAUUGUCUGCCAAAAGAAGUCCUACUGGGAGCACUACAUCCAGAGCCUCUACAGUGAGUACAAAAUCCGUGUCAACCCCAGGAUCUCUGCAGCGGUCUCGCAGUGACAUCGAUGUGAAUGCAGCAGCUAGUGCCAAGUCGAAAGUAACAUCUUCUGGAGCUUCCACCCCCUUCAGUUCCGCAGCAGCCCUGCCCCCAGGCUCGUACGCAUCACUAGGUCGGAUCCGUACGAGGAGGCAAAGCUCUGGAAGUGCCACAAGUGUUACCUCAACGCCUGCCGAUACCCGAGGCCGCAGCCGUGCUAAAGUAGUUUCACAGUCCCAGCCUGGCAGCCGGUCUAGUUCUCCUGGCAAGCUGUUGGGAAGUGCGUACGGCGGACUGACCAGCGGAACAGCUAGAGUCCCACCAGUGCCAUCAUCCUCAGAGAAACGCAGCAAGAUCCCUCGAAGCCAGGGAUGCAGCCGAGAGACAAGCCCCAACAGAAUAGGACUAGACCGGUUUGGACUUGGCCAGCCAGGCAGGAUGCCUGCUUCUGUGAAUGCCAUGCGAGUCCUGAGCUCAAGCACAGAUCUGGAGGCUGCUGUGGCUGAUGCACUGCUGUUAGGAGACUCCAGGAGCAAGAAAAAGCCAGUGAGAAGAAGAUAUGAGCCGUAUGGGAUGUAUUCUGAUGAUGAUGCUAAUAGCGACGCAUCGAGUGCUUGCUCCGAGCGCUCAUAUGGCUCUAGGAAUGGAGGCAUUCCACACUACCUACGACAAACUGAAGAUGUGGCUGAGGUCCUAAACCACUGUGCCAGUUCCAACUGGUCGGAGAGAAAAGAAGGGCUCAUAGGCCUUCAGAAUUUAUUGAAGAGCCAGAGGACGCUGAGCCGAGUCGAAUUAAAACGGCUGUGUGAGAUCUUUACGCGCAUGUUUGCUGACCCUCACAGCAAGAGAGUUUUCAGCAUGUUUCUAGAAACCCUGGUAGAUUUCAUCAUCAUCCAUAAGGACGACUUGCAAGAUUGGCUGUUCGUUCUCCUGACACAGUUACUUAAGAAAAUGGGAGCAGACUUGCUAGGAUCUGUGCAGGCAAAAGUUCAGAAAGCUCUAGAUGUAACAAGGGAUUCUUUUCCGUUUGAUCAGCAGUUUAACAUUUUGAUGAGAUUUAUUGUAGAUCAGACCCAAACACCAAACCUCAAGGUAAAAGUUGCAAUCCUGAAGUACAUUGAGUCCCUGGCAAGACAGAUGGACCCAACAGACUUUGUGAACUCCAGUGAGACCAGACUUGCUGUAUCUAGAAUCAUAACUUGGACAACAGAACCAAAGAGCUCAGAUGUAAGAAAGGCAGCACAAAUAGUCCUGAUUUCACUGUUUGAACUGAACACUCCCGAGUUUACCAUGUUACUUGGUGCCUUGCCAAAAACAUUCCAAGACGGUGCUACCAAGCUCCUCCACAACCACCUCAAGAACUCCAGUAACACUAGCGUGGGUUCUCCUAGCAAUACUAUUGGUCGGACUCCUUCACGGCACUCUAGCAGCAGGACCAGCCCCUUAACGUCCCCUACCAACUGUUCCCAUGGCGGACUGUCUCCAAGCAUGCUGGAUUAUGACACGGAGAACCUAAAUUCCGAUGAAAUCUACAGCUCUCUUCGUGGAGUCACAGAGGCAAUUGAAAAGUUUAGUUUCCGUAGUCAAGAGGAUCUGAAUGAACCAAUCAAGCGUGAUGGAAAGAAGGACUGUGACGUGUCUCGAGAUGGUGGAAUAGCUGCACCUGCCAGCGAUGUACGUGGAAGCAGUGAUGUCAUGGAAGGAGGAAGGAUGGCUCUAGAUAACAAAACCUCUCUACUUAAUACUCAGCCUCCACGCGCCUUUUCAGGGCCCCGAGCCCGAGAUUACAAUCCCUACCCUUAUUCGGACACAAUCAACACCUACGACAAGACUGCCUUGAAAGAGGCUGUGUUUGAUGAUGAUAUGGAUCAGCUUCGGGAUGUAUCCAUUGAUCAUUCUGAUUUGGUGGCUGAUCUUCUGAAAGAACUGUCCAACCACAAUGAACGGGUGGAAGAACGGAAAGGAGCCCUGCUCGAGCUAUUGAAGAUCACGCGAGAAGAUAACCUGGGAGUUUGGGAGGAACAUUUCAAAACCAUUUUGCUCUUGCUGCUAGAAACACUUGGAGACAAAGAUCAUUCAAUAAGAGCCCUGGCAUUAAGAGUAUUGCGGGAGAUCUUAAGAAACCAGCCAGCAAGAUUUAAAAACUACGCAGAGCUCACCAUCAUGAAAACACUGGAAGCACAUAAGGAUUCCCAUAAAGAGGUUGUCAGAGCUGCUGAGGAAGCUGCUUCCACCCUGGCCAGUUCCAUACACCCUGAACAGUGCAUCAAAGUGCUCUGCCCCAUCAUUCAAACGGCUGACUACCCGAUUAAUCUAGCUGCCAUCAAAAUGCAGACAAAAGUCAUUGAAAGGAUUUCAAAAGAAUCUUUACAUCAGCUCCUUCCUGAUAUCAUCCCUGGGUUGUUACAGGGGUACGAUAAUACAGAGAGCAGCGUUCGCAAAGCCAGCGUGUUUUGCCUAGUGGCAAUUUAUUCAGUAAUUGGAGAAGAACUGAAACCUCACCUCGCACAGCUCACAGGAAGCAAGAUGAAGCUACUAAACUUGUACAUAAAGAGGGCCCAGACCACCAAUAGUAACAGCAGCUCAUCUUCAGAUGUUUCAACGCACAGUUAAUGGAGAUAUCUGGACAUGUGUGUAGACUUAGAAGCAAUCAGCGGUGCCUCUCAGAGACCUUUCUGCUACCCUUUCUUCAUUGGCACGUCCCAUCAGCUAAAGGAGGCCAUGCAGAUAUUUAUUGCAAUCAGUAUUUUAGUCCUUUAAAGCUUUUAUGUAGACUCUUAUUGGUACUGAAUGUAAAGGAAGCAAGGCCUGUGUUGCAGUCCUCAUUUAAGAAAAAACAACCGUAGAAAGCCAUACUUAAACAUAUUGGUAUAGCCAGCUGAAAUCUUUACCAUAUGUUUAGGUUGCAGUGUUUCAGAACUGAGUCCAAAUAACAUGUUCAUGCUUAAAAGCGAAAUGAGUCCCUUUUUUUAGUUAAUUUGACACAAAGUUUUGUUUUUUAAUGUAUUAAAUUACCUGCUGUGUGAGCAGUUUUUCCUUCUGGAUGUAACCCAUUUUGGCUAGACCCUUCACCUCCCAAGUGCGGUGGUGUGUCCCCGUUCUAUACUCUGAUCUGAAACGCGCCUAAACUGCAAGAUCUUGAUGAUGAAAUCUUUGCAAAUAUUGCCAUGCUUCUGGCUUUUAAUGCUUUAAGACGGAUCGGUACCUUUAUUGAGUAAUUAGAAAAAUCCAAGUUUUAUAGCUAAAGUUCCAGAUUUCCAUAUGGGCUAAGAAUUUCUCUGCAGCUUUUCCCCACCCGCCAGUAUCGUCUAACAAGAGCAGCCUGGGUCUCCCACCUGUAACUAACAGGGUUAACAUCAGCCCGGCCUUCCAUCUUCUUCCGUUGCUCAGAAGACCCUGGGGGUUCAUUUUAAAGGCAGGAUAGUGGGUUUGUCGUCAGGACUGCGCAGUGGAGACUUGCCAAAGUCUGUGAAACUAGCUGAGACAUCUUUAUUUUUGUUGAAGUCUGUUCUGAAAGGGGCUGAUCUACAACUCUAGUUCAACAGCUCUGGUGAUGGAUAAUGAAUAGCCUCAAUUACCAUGGGCCAUUCCCCUCCACACUUCUGAGCCUCGUUUGGCUCAGGAAAUGUAAAGGGGAACUCUUAACCGGACAAAAUAUUCCUGUACAUUUAAACUUGCAGCUUGGCCCUAGUGUUUAAUAAGACAACGCCCCCCCCUCCUGCACCCUCUCCGCCCAUGACCUUGUGCCCCCCCCCCGCCCAUGACCUUGUGCCUAAAAAGCCUGCAGUGUAGUUAACCAGCAUUUUAACCUCUUCUUCGCCGACAGAACCAGAGUACAAUCCUGCAAGGCACUUAGCACCUCUGGAUAGGUGUUGAGUGCCCUCAGCUGCCAUUGGCUUCAGUGGAGAUGGGGUCGCUCAGCCCAGGCAGGAUCGGGCCCCUGUAAUAGGCAAGGCUGGCAGAAUUCUUGAAUGGACUGAUCAGCACAGGGAAAACUUAGAACCAACCCAGCCCCAGUGAAAUAUACCAGCAGAGGGGCCCUCCCAGGCUCUGCACAUCCCCUGCAGAGUGGCCUGGCGUCCACAUAGACACCCACCCAGGGAAGGCUAAUGCCAUGUCGACUCAACACCCCCCCCAUCAGUUUGUUGAAAGACCUGAUCCUGAGAGGUGCUGAGUGGCCUUCAGCUCCCAUUGAAAUCAAUAACAGUUGAGGCUGUCUUGGGACCCGGCAGAAUCGGGCCCCAAAGCAGCAGGUUUUUCAGCCUCCUUCAUCCCUUGUGUGACAAAGUGGAAGGAACAAUCCGGCUCCUGUGUUUUUUCAGGACGGGCCCUAUCUUAUGCUGGCUGCAGGAUCAGGCAAUUUGUCUGCUGCUCUUCCUGCAUAUAACGCCAUCAUAAGAGAGAUCUUUACUAGCCUGUGUUGUGGUGUUUCCCCAAAGACUCACCGCAGACUCGAAAAUGCCUUCAUUGGAGGGAGGCUGUUAUAACCUGCGCUAGCCAAUAAAAUCCAGUCUCCCUUCGCAUGGACCAUUCACUUUCACCCCUUCUCGAGACGCUUGCUAGAGGUUUUCUUCUUCUUUUUUUAAUUCUUGUUGUGGAUGAUUUGAAUUAUUUUAGUUUAACGUGAAUUAAUUUUCCCUUUUGAGGAAAUAUUCAAUCAAUAUGUUGGCAGCAAUCAGCUGUCCCAUUUGAAUUUUUAGGGUGUUUUAUUUUUAAACUGCUUUCCUAACAGUCAGUAUUUUAAAAGUCGCUUUUCCCAUCUCAGUUCAGCAUCUUCUGGGGUCCAAACCCCAGAAGUGGAAUGCAAAGUCUGCGUAAUGGACUGUGCUGUGUGCUUAGUCCUUCCAGCUGUGUGACCGAUCUUGUUCCAUCCCGGUUUGCUGUUUGUUUGUUUGUUUGAAUGGCACACUGUAGCAGAUCUAUGUGAAUUGAAUUCCUUCUGAAAUGAUUUUAUAUAUUUUAUAAAAUACUGUUAGUAUGCACUGAGUGAAUGCACUGUAACGUCCAUAAACUGACCUACCACAUACGCUGACACUACAGUACGAAUUAACAACUCGUCUCUUAGAAAUACAUGUGAAAUAUGUUGCUGCUGCUGCUUUGAGACUUCAGUGAUGAGCUUGUAUUUCCAGAUGUUAUUAGCAUAAUUGGGGCUGCAAAUCACAGAACCAGGCCUUACUUUCUUAAUCAGAUACUGUUUUGUUUAUCAACAGAUGCUCAUUAAUGUGAUACUUUGUUUGAUUACACAAGUCAAUCAAGGACUGUUCAUCCUUUGAGUACUCUAGAUGUCUGUUACACCUGUAUACAGUAGGAGGCAUUCUGCUUCAAUUAUUUAUAAAUUCAUUUGCGUAUAAUGUACAUAGUAAGGUUGGUUUAGAGUUUUGAACAUGACCGGAUUUUCCUUUGAAGUACUCAAAGGGCUAGCUCUGAAUGUCACUUGUAUGAUCUCCAGUGUUCUGCAUUCUGAAAGCUGAUCAAUCAUAUUUUCUUUCGCAAGCAUAAAGGUCUCUCUGGCUACAAAUCUGACAGUGUCCGCGGGCACAUUUGCAGAGAAGGAUCUGCAUGUUGGCGAGACAUCACUGCGACAGUGAGGCAGGUGUUAAUGUUUUCCCAGCAGUAGCCACCUACAACAGCUGCCUUUUUCUUGCUGCCCAUUAUACAGGGCUUCAGUUUUUGGUAUCUUACAAGAAAAACGUUUCUUUGAUUUGCCCACCAUGCUUGUAAAGUCUGACUGUGAGGAACUGUGAAAAUACCAGCACCCUUUGGCUGUGGGGUUGCUUAAAUCUCAGACAAGGAUGGCCAUUCUGUCAUUGGCUGUACCAGUGCUCCAUGGGCAUGAGCAAAUCAAUUGAUACAUCCCCCUCACAGUUUUAAGUUCUGUAGUUCUCUCAUGUAGUGCAGAAUUAUUGAGGCAUGUGGCUUUCUUAAGGUACACUAUGUGUGCUUGCCUGGAUUACAAGACAAGACAAGACUUCUUUUCUAUUGCUUAUUACUAGCUUACCAAUAACCUGUAUAAGUAACGUAACUCGCAUCUUUGUCAUCUAAAUCUUUUCCCCUCCUCAUCCCUUUAUUUAUCAAGCAUAAUAUGACAUAUUAAGGGACAGAAAAUAAAACUUUGUAGAAUACAGCAGGACUUUGCUAACAAUAAUGUUUUAAAUGGGAAGUAAAAACUGCUCUGAAAAAUGUCAGCCAUAAGAAAUGAUUUUGUUGGCACAGUGUUCAUGCGCAUGUAUUUUUUUUUCUUUUUUUUCCUUCUUUUUUUGGCUUUUGUCAUGUUACAUCCAUAUCUGUAUUUAUAUCUUAUUUGUUUAACUUUUGAGUGUAUCAUGGCAAAUGUACAGAUGUUUUUUUGUUAACAUUUAUGUGAUAGAAUUUGCUAAAAAAAAAAAAAAUAAAACCUUUUGAGUUUGCCCUAGAAUAAAUGAAACUUAAGUUUAA